CCGGAUCCCAACCUUGCAUUUCCCAAUCGGGACGCCGGUAACCUCCCCAUACUUUUACCAGUAAAUCCCCCACCAAAACAAGGUACCCCAUCUUCUCCCAGUCCUUCAUCCACCGUCUCUUUUCCCCCCAGCCAGUGGUAGUCCAUCUUUAUGGAACAAAAUAUAAGCCCUAACAAGCAAAAAGCCAAUCUUUUCAUGAGAAUAGACGAGAGUCAAAGUCUCUGUACCGUACCUAUACCGCUCUUUCCAGUUAUUGUCUAGUACAGAGCAAAUAUGGAGCCGGUCAAUACAACAGCACUCCAACAAGCACCAGCCCGGGACCGAUCUUCGAGAGCGGAAUCAGAGUUCUCGAUUCCGGAGUAUCGUAUCUCGUACGGUCAAGAGCAUAUCCUGCAAUGGGAGCCACCGGUCGGCUCCAAGGAGUUGGCCGUUGCUUUGAGCUAUCAUUUUCCAUUGCGGGUUGAUUUGGCUAGUAAGAUGCAAGCUGCUACCCGACGGUUUCUGCGCCAGGAGAGAGACGGUAAGAAAUCAAAAAGUCGGGAGCAGGUUGUGUCACGUGAGCCAUCCGCUGCCGUCAGUAUGGAGGGAAAGGAUGGUAAGGAUAAGGAUGAUAAAGGUGGCACGAGUGCACCAGCCUUGCAGAUUUUAACAUGGGACUCGGGGAUGAAGAGUUAUGGACAUAAGACGAAACGGAGACGAUAUGAUAAAGGGGAGAGGGUGAAGGUUGCUGCGAACAGAGGAUUUGCUUGUGACGUUCAUAGAAGGCAGAAGAUGAAAGUAAGUCUUGCCUCAUCAAAAUAUAGAUUCACAGAUAUUGACCAAUAAUAGUGCGACCCCGAAAGAUGUUCUCGCAACAAGCAACAUUUCAACAGUCUCGAAGCCAUUCCCCAAGCUCAAACAGACACCAUCACCAAAGCGGAAGACAUUCCUCUGGACGGUCGCGAUCUCCCCAUCCACUCCCAAGACCCCUCUUUCCUUUCCGACCACACUGAUUCCACACCCCAGAAUUCCGAUGGACUAAGUCUCUAUUCCAUGACCACCUCCGAUACAUCACCACGAUGGAGCAUAUCCUCCGUCAUGAAUUCCACCAACAUGCCAUUCUCCGACACCUCGAACUCUCUGCGUCCUAAACACGAUUCCAUAGAAUCCGUCUUGUCGUCUUAUGAUCUUGAAUUCUUGGCCAACUUGCCGAGUUAUGAUGUUUCUUAUACCACGGACCCUAGUCAUGAGGAUGCUAACACUAUGUGGUGGACACCUGAGCUUUCAACAGCACACAAGAGGAAUUCCGGGUGGAUUCAAGAUGGAUAUCUUCCUGUUUCCUUUCCUUCCAAUGAGACCCCGUAUCAGAACCACAAUCAGAACCAGAACCAGAACCAGAAUCAGACCCCAAACCAAGACCCACAAGAAACCUUCAACAACCCAACAAUAGAAAUCCCAUCCUACAACCCACCCCAUCCCCUCGACACUCACUACACCGCAAUCCCACACCAAGACCUAGACACAGAAAUGGCACCUUUGCACCAACCCCCACACCCACCACAUCAAGACCACCUCCCUCACCACUCAGACCACCCAGAAUCCACCACACACCCGCCACCCCCACCACUAACAACCAAAGAAAAAGAAACCCUCCUAAAAUGGUGGGGUCGCGACCGCCUAACCGAGCCCUCUCCCCCCUCCCGUCCAACAUCCUCUCAAACAUCACCCACCCACUCCCUCUCCUCCUCUCCUCCUUCAUCACCACUCUCUACCUCUACCUCUCACACUCGUCCUUCUGCCUUAAAAGAGAAAGAAAAACCCAUCCCCUCAUCCCCCUCAAUUUCCGAAUCACAUACCACAACCACCACAAGCAUGAGCGGGAGUAUUCAAAGCGAGGGCGAUGGUGGUAAAGCGGGGAGAGGGAGAGGGAGCAAGAGUGCGCUGGGUAUUAAGGUGAAGGCUAAGGGGGUUAGUGUCCAGCCGCCGUUUUUGCGGAGGGGGAUUUGGAGGAGUAGGAGUAGAGAGGGGAAGGAGGGGAAGUGAUGGAUCUCGUUGUUUUGUUUGGGGUUCUUCUUCACCUUUUUAUACCAGGUUUGUUUUGAAAAAAGAUUCGGUCUUUUUGGGUGGGUGGACAGAUGAUACUUUUUCUUGGAUCUAUCUUUCUUCUUUCUUUUGGUGGUAGGAAGGAUUUUGUUUGUUCCUGCGCUUAACUUUAAAUCCCUUCUAUUGGGCGGUAUGGAAACCCUGGAGUUGGUGUUGGAGUCGGUAUAGAUAGAAGCGGACUAAGAUCAGAUCCAGACAUGUAACUCUAUCUCUCUCUAUUUCUCUCUCUCUCUCUCUUCCCCUUUCCUUUCCUUUGUCUUCCUCUAUCUAUUUAUUUAUCCACCAACCACAAAAUCAUAUCACAACUUACUUAAUAA